GUUUUUUUCUGAUCACUGUGAUGCUUAAAGUAAGAAGGCAGAGACCACCUGGUGAAGACUGGACUCACUGAGCAGCAGGACAUUAAGACAAACCUUUUAUAAACAUCUGGCUACUAAUCUCUCUGCUGGACAUAAAACAUCUUUUUUUUAAGACAAUAAUCUGCCUCCUGAACAAAUUAAUCUGCUUACAGGGGAUUAAUUUUCAUUUUAUUCAUUCGUUUCAUUUUUUUAAUCAAAAUCCUCCCCAUUUGAAACUCCCUUUGUUUUCUGUARUUCAACGUAUAUUUUAUUUUUUUCUACUGGAUUUUCCCAUCAUCUGCUCACUGUAAAGAUGUGGUCAUGUAUAAAGAACUUCUUCACCUAUGAAACCACUAAAUCUGUGGUUGUGAAGAGCUGGACAAUUGGGAUUAUCAACCGGAUUGUCCAACUUAUCAUCAUUUCUUACUUCAUUGGUUGGGUGUUUCUUUGGGAAAAGGCCUACCAGGUGAGAGACACAGCCAUCGAGUCUUCAGUUAUGACCAAAGUGAAAGGUUUUGGAGUGUACAACAACCGGGUCAUGGAUGUUGCAGACUACGUCACUCCUACACAGGGAGGGUCYGUCUUCUGCAUCAUCACUAAGAUGAUUACCACAGAGAACCAAGUCCAAAGAACAUGUCCUGAGAGCGGAAAAAAAUACAGCUGUUCAAAUGACAGCAACUGCAAACGGUUUCUUCAUAAACCAGCUGAUAACGGACUUCCCACUGGAAAAUGUGUUCCUUUCAACUCCACCACCAACAUGUGUGAAAUAAAGGGUUGGUGCCCUGCAGAGAUCGACACAAUCAAAACUGAACCCAUGGAGGAGGUAAAAGAUUUCACUAUCUUCAUUAAAAACAGCAUCCGCUUCCCAACGUUCAACUACACCAAAGGGAACUUUCUUCCAUCAAUAACUCAAUCAUACAUCAAAGCAUGCAAAUUUAACAUGGAAAAAGACAUCUACUGCCCCAUCUUCAAAGUAGGAGAUAUUCUCAGCUACGCCCAGCAGAACUUCAGUGAACUGGCAAACACGGGCGGAGUGAUUGGAAUAAAGAUUAGUUGGAUGUGUGAUCUAGACAAGUCAGAUGAUGAGUGCAAGCCUGCAUACUCCUUCACUCGACUAGAUGCUAUGUCACAGAAAACGUCUGUCUCACCUGGAUACAAUUUCAGGUUUGCAAAAUAUUUUAAGAUGGAAAACGGGACGGACUACCGCACUCUGGUCAAGGCUUUUGCUAUAAGGUUUGAUGUCAUUGUCAAUGGAAAUGCAGGAAAGUUUAACAUGAUCCCAACCCUCAUAAACAUUGUGGCAGCAUUCACAUCAGUUGGAGUGGGCACAGUGCUGUGUGAUAUCAUACUGCUUAACUUCCUGAAAGGUGCUGAGCAGUACAAAGCAAAGAAGUUUGAGGAGGUGUCAGACAACCCACUGGACUCUCAAAGUAACGGCUUGUACCGCUCCCAGCUGUCACUCAGACAAACAACCUUCAAGUCCAGCGACUCGGGAUCAUUUUCUCUUGAACGUUACAGCUGAACUGAUAAUGUGUCUGGGAACCAGUCUGAGGCUCAUUCAGGGCUGAGCUCAUUUUAAAUAACAAGAGAAAAAACAACAACAAACAUAUAUAUAUAUGCAGUCUAAAAGCAUGAAAGCAUUUGCAUGGUACUGUUUUUGACAAAUGACAGCAGCAUAUUUUGUCAUUAGCUAGUUCACUUUUAGAAUGCUAAAUUAGACCUAAUUUUAAURUAAAUAAAAGAAAGAGCAAUAGACCAAACAGCUAACACUGUACUGCUUUAUUUGAUUAGCUGUUCAUUAGCUCGUUUGUCCUUUCUGCUUUGAAACAAUAAUCAGAAGUGAUCAAUCCAGUCUAUCAAAAUAAMUGAGGUUGGUUGUGUUUUCUUUGUGUGCACUCAUUUAAAUAAAUGUCAGUCAUGGUACAAAAUGACUUGAGCUUCUUUAGCUUAUUCUUUGGCAGAUCUUGUUCUGCUACCUUUUCUGGGACAAAUUUUUAGCUUUGUAGGCCUGAAACACCACAACACUUUUUAACAAACCUUACAGAAGGUAAGUUUGGUAGUUUAAUUAGUUUAAUGGCACGUUAGAUUAUUUUGGCUCCAGGACAAUUCAUCACUGCCUAAAAAUACAGUUUCACAGCUUCAGUCACUUUGUACCUUGAUUUAUUUAUUUAU